AUGUCACUGGUUCUACGAGACAGCUUUGUUUUCUCACAAUCACUGCCAAUUGAGCGAAGUGUUUCUUCACGCCGCUCUCGUGGCCCCACCACCGGUUCCCCCUCUUCCUUCGACUCUGCCCAAACCUUCUUCGACGGUCAUCUAUCUACCCUCCCCUGUUCCAACUGGCCCCUCUACGGUCCCCCCUUUUCCUUCUGUGCCGCCCUCUACCCCACUGACGGUCCCCGCUCUUCCCUCCCUUCGCCCACUUUCUCCCUUACGGUCGACAAUCUUCCUUUCAGUUUGCCCACUCCUACCCCCACGCCACCGAAUGGUGAAGGUCUCGUCGACUCCUCUCAAGCAGCUGACGUGACUAUGGCAGCGGCGGUUCCGGUGCCCACUACGCUCGGCAUGCUGCUGGCACUCCUGGCCAUUCUGGGAGCUGCGGGGGGAGCGUCUGCGCAGACUUAUGCAUCCGUUGGAGGGUGCCCAUCCACGGGGGCCUCAAUAGGGGUCCGGGAAUCCAUUCUCUUCCAGGUUGGGUGCCGCUUCGGCACACCUCCAAACAACGACAACUGUUUCUAUGACACAAACGGGGAUCCAACCGAUCCACAAUGCCCAUAUGCGGUUGAUACAUCAGGCAAUCUGAGAAUCGUGAGGAACGCGUGUCCGUCUGUAGCGUAUGUGGGCUCGACUCCAUACCCAAUCCAGGGUAUCGCCUGCGUCUACAACUUCUAUACCAUAAGGGAAUUCUGUUACUACAACUCUCGCUCUGGACAGCACAUUCCGCAAAUGGGGGUCUCACCGAGCGGCCAAACUGUCACUAUUGGCGGCUGUCCCGGCGCUCUUGUACCCGUGCCACAGCCCGCUCUUCCUACCCUUUUGCCCACUCCUACCCCCACGCCAUCGAAUCGUAAGGCGAACACACGCCUUGAGCUUAAUUCCGAUUAG